CUUACCUCUUACCUAUUCUACAAUACAAAACAAUUUCUUUUAGCAUUUAAUAAUUGCUAUUUCUUUACCGUUAAUUUAAGAAAAACAUCACUGUUCUCAAAACUGCUGAGUUGAUGCUAAGUUAUGAGUCAAUAAACUGCGGAAACAAGUGACACUCACUCACGCGGAUAUUUCUAGCAUUUGUUUCUGCAAGAGAGCAGUAUAAGAUGGAGGACGACAUAGACAUAGAGGAGCAUGAUCUGUUGAACGACCCAGCCUUGGGGGGUGUGUUUCCAGAUCUUACCAUUUUGAAAAGUGAAAUUGUGGAUUUCAACAUAAGUACAGAAACUCCGACAAAGACACAAGUACCAGAAAGAAAUGAAGACCAACUGGAUGGCACUUUGCCAUUGAACAGUGGAAGUCUUCCUCCCGUGUGCCCCACGCAUGACACAGAUGUCAAACCUGACAUCAUAUGUACUGACAUUGAUGAUACAAAAACUUUAGUGAGCAAUAAUUUAUCAGAAUCUGACAAAAUAGUCCCUCAAGUUAAGAAAGAAUUAGAGUUUUUUCAAUUGAAUGAAUUUUACAGCAACAGAAUAAAACUGAAUAGCGGAAUAGAUGUGAACAGUAUCCUAGAAUUAGACUAUAAUAACAUUAAGAAGGAGGACAUGUGUUAUGAUACUGAACCAGAUGCAGUGAUCACAAUCAACUCUUAUGGAGAAAAUAGCAGGAGAAUAACAAUAUUGGAAAAGUAUUUACAAGUGAAUGUAGUGCUUACAGACUGUUAUACAUCUCUAUUGAACAACAACUGUUACUGUGCUCAGUGUGCAGUGUUGUUCCCCACCACUGAAGCGUAUAGUGAACAUUACACGAGCACACACACCGAGACCACUAACUUGACAAAAGUCUCCGCUUCUCUUGUGACUUGUAAUCACAUUAUUUACACAUGUGAGAAGUCUUUUGUGUGUGAUACAUGCAAGAAAACAUACAAAAAUAAAAGUCAUUUGAAGCGGCACAUGUUAGUUCACACGGGCAAAAGGCCAUUCCAGUGUGACCUUUGCUCGAAAACAUAUAACCAAAGUAAUCAUUUGAAGACACACAAGUUACUUCACACUGGAGAAAAACCAUUCAAGUGUGAAACUUGCAAGAAAACUUUCGACCGCAUAAGUAAUUUAAAAAUUCACAUGUUAACUCACAGUGGCAAAAAGCCGUUCGAAUGUGAAACAUGCAAGAAAAAGUUCAUGCGAAUGAGUUACUUGAAAAUGCACAGGUCACUUCAUACUCGUGAAAAGGCAUUCGAGUGUGGUACUUGCAAGAAAACAUUUAGACACUACACCACACUGAAAAGACACAAGUUAAUUCACACUGGCGAAAAGCCAUUCCAAUGUGACAUUUGCAAAAAACUCUUUAACCAAAGAAGUGCUUUGAAUAGACACAAGUUACUUCAUACCGCAGCACAACGAUAUGAUUCUGAGGGAGCCAGACAACAAUGUGAGAUCCGGGAAACAUGAGGAAACAUAGUACAGACCACAUUUCACAAAACUUAAACUGAUGACAUUACCAAGCUUGUACAUUUAUGAAGUUGCAGUAUUCGUCAAAUCGAAUUUAAAUACAUUUACAACGUUAAAGAGUAAAAGGCACGAACAUAAACUAUUGUGCAUUCUCGAGGAUGACAGCACUCUUCGAUAAUAGUAGGUAUAUUUGGAAUGUCUAUAAAAAAAUUAACCAUUUACCGCAAGUUAUAAGAGAGACGAAUAAUAUGAUUCAGUUCAAAAAUCUAUUAAAAAAACUUCUAGUAGCAAAGACAUAUAUGAGGUGGACCCUAUCGUGGGAGUGGUAGAUAGGAAACACACAAACUCAGGGUAUACAAACGUUCACUGUAUUUUCAAGGUUCUUCAGACACGUAAUAUGCAAGUGAGGUAGUCUUUGCUUACAAGUAGGUAAUAGUCGCGAAGGGGACGCAAGCGAGCGUGAUCCAGCCGGGAAUAUGGUUUGGCGCCGACUGCCUGCGCGGGCUCCGCUGGCCGGUGGCGCGAGCGGGGUGCGCGGGGGUGAAGACUGAGCGCGCGGGACGCGGUAUGCGCAGAGAAGCUGCGCGAGAAACGGCGAGGCGGCGUAGGACGCUAACAUUUUGGCGCGCGAUUUAAUUUCGCGGUAAAACUAAAGAUAGUGAUGUUACAUCCUCCCCCUCUAAUCCGAACUAAGCGCCCUCGCGUUCGGAGUAGCACACUGAGCAGCCCUGGUCCUCCCCCUAAACUGAUCGUCGUCCUCGACGGUGGUGGGGUGGUCUGCACAGGCGUUCUUGAUAAGCCUCCCCCUGAACUAGGACAGGCCUGAGGUCAUGGUCGAGCCGAACCCGUGGGUCGUGUUUCUUCACAGGGUUGGUGUGUGGCCGGGCGUCGCUGGCGUGGUUCGGUAUGGCUCGCCUGAACCACGUAGGAGUCUGCCGGUGAUGGCUAAUUUUAGGUGGAUGAGUACCUACCUGUAUGCCUGGCCUAAUGAGGCCGGUAGUGGUACGAAGUCGAGUCGAUAUUAUGGCACAAAUAAAACAACUUCUUAUCACUUAGUCAGUUUAAAUGAUGGAUCUCAUUUACAGUUUAUAUUGAAAAGUUUUUUUUAGUUUUGUC